CCUCCUCCCUCAAACACAGCAGUAUUGAGGCCAGAACACUUGGAAUACCCAGGAAAUCAAUCUGUGGCGUGGCAGAAGGAUUUCCACAGGUGGAAAGAGACAGCUUGGUGUGACAGAGAAUGCAUAAAUGCAGAAACGAGAACUCUGGUUACACCAAGCAACGGAUUAAGGCCAAAAAUGAGCAAGGACAAUGACAGUGCAGCUUCAACAAACAGUUCACUUAUGGACAGACAACAGAGUAAUUUCAUACUUCCUGUGGAAGCUAACACUUUCCUGUUUAAACCUGUGGAUACAAAGGCUGUGCUCUCUUGCCCUCCGAUCACCCAGAAAGCUGUGCUGGUAUCAAUAAGAUGGGAAAUAAUCCUCAGAGACAAGCCUUCCUGCACCAGAGCCUACAGGAGAGAUACAAAUGAGACCAGGGCCAUAAACUGUAGUGACGAGACAAUAUCCUGGGACUCCAGACCUGAUCAGAAUCCCACCCUUCAGAUCGAUCCAGUGGCCAUCACUCAUGAUGGAUAUUACAGGUGUGAAGUGGUCACAACUCAUGGGCAUUUCUAUCAUGGAUAUCACCUGAAAGUGUUAGUGCCCCCCGAGGUGACCCUGUUUCAACUUGAGAAUGGAGCUAUCGUGUGUAGGGCAGCUGCAGGGAAGCCAGCGGCGCAGAUCUCCUGGACCCCAGGGGGAGAUUGUCACACUGUGGAAGAGCCACUGGGCAAUGACACAGUGACCGUCCAGAGUUCGUGCCGCUGGGAGGACCACCGGGUGUCUAAGGUGUCCUGCUCUGUGUCACAUCUGACUGGCAACACGAGUCUGUCCAUAGCAUUGAAUCAAGGUGUCAUAGUCCUGGGAUUUCCACCAUCAACCUUACUGAUCAUUCUCUAUGUGAAAUUUUCUCUAUUCCUGGUUAUCCUCAUCAUUGUGGGAUUCAUCUACUUCCAGAGAAUAAAAGAUUGCAGCCCCUUCUUUGAUGUACAAGCUUUAUUAACACCUGAGAGCCCAGGAAGAGAUGCCUGCAGCCCUGGACAAAAUCUUCUGAUUCAUUACACUGCCUACUGAGAGAUAACCUGACCCAGGCCACCCUUCAAGAAUUCUCUGGGAGGGAAAUAAAGUUCAACUGGAGUUUCUUAAGUGUUUACUCUUUCAUUUCUAUGCCUCUGAAGGCUUGUAUUCAUUUCUA